GGUUUUGUUAACAGACAGAGUUUUGACAACGAAGAGGGUUUUGUUGACAAAUGGGGUUCUGACAAUGAACAGAAUUCUAGUGAUGAAUGGGAUUCUGAUUCUUUGAAUGAGGAUAGCCAAGAUCCAAAUAAUCCAUUAACAAUAUAA